CUCCUUGCAGUAGCAGCGGCAGCUCACUGCUCAUCAGGCUCACCUCUUCUUCUCUCCUCUCUCCCUGACGCCACCUUCCUCCGUCGACGGAGAGGGCUGCGUACGUCGUCCAUGGCGGAGGAGAGGCUGGAGGCCGCGGCGGCGGCCGCCGGCGACGACGACUACACGCAGGACGGCACGGUGGACCUCCGCGGCAACCCGGUGCUCCGGUCCAAGCGCGGCGGCUGGAAGGCCUGCGGCUUCGUCGUCGUGUACGAGGUGUUCGAGAGGAUGGCGUACUAUGGCAUCUCGUCGAACCUGGUGUUGUACCUGACGACGAAGCUGCACCAGGGCACGGUGUCGUCGGCGAACAACGUCACCAACUGGGUGGGCACCAUCUGGAUGACGCCCAUUGUCGGCGCCUACAUCGCCGACGCCCACCUCGGCCGCUACCGCACCUUCAUGAUCGCCUCCCUCAUUUACCUCAUCGGGAUGAGCUUGCUGACACUGGCGGUGUCGGUGCCGUCGCUGAAGCCGGCCAAGUGCGGCGCCGGCACGGCGGACCCGGGCUGCUCGGAGGAGGCGUCGAGCCUGCAGCUGGGCGUCUUCUUCCUGGCGCUCUACAUCCUCGCCGUCGGCACGGGCGGCACGAAGCCGAACAUCUCCACCAUCGGUGCCGACCAGUUCGAUGACCACCACCCGCGCGAGCGCCGCCACAAGCUCUCCUUCUUCAACUGGUGGAUGUUCAGCAUCUUCUUCGGCACCCUCUUCGCCAACACCGUGCUCGUCUACAUCCAGGACAACGUCGGCUGGACCGUCGGCUACGCGCUCCCCACCCUCGGCCUCGCCGUCUCCAUCGCCAUCUUCACCGCCGGCACGCCGUUCUACCGGCACAAGCCCACCUCCGGGAGCAGCUUCGCCAAGAUGGCCGGGGUCAUCGUCGCCGCCGUCCGCAAGUGCGCCGUCGCGGCGCCCGCCGACCCGAGGGAGCUGCACGAGCUCGACGCCGAGCACUACGCCAAGAAGAAGACCGCCCCGCUGCCCCACACGCCGCACCUGAGGGCUCUGAGCAAGGCGGCGGUGAAGACGGCGGGGAGCGGGAGCGGGAGCGCGACGGCGCCGUCGCGGUGGUCGCUGAGCACGGUGACGCAGGUGGAGGAGACGAAGCAGAUACUCAAGAUGCUGCCGGUGCUGGCGAUCACGUUCGUGCCGGCGGCGAUGAUGGCGCAGGUGAACACGCUGUUCGUGAAGCAGGGCACGACGCUGGACCGGCACGUCGGCGGCGGGCGGUUCGAGAUCCCGCCGGCGAGCCUGCAGGGGUUCGUGACCGUCUCCAUGCUGGUGUCCGUCGUGCUCUACGACCGCGCCUUCAUGCCGUUCAUGCGGCGGGCGACCAAGAACCCGCGCGGCAUCUCGCUGCUGCAGCGGAUGGGCGUCGGGCUCGUCAUCCACAUCGUCAUCAUGGGGAUCGCCUCCGUGACGGAGCGGCACCGGCUCGCCGUGGCGCGCGAGCACGGCAUCACCGACAGCAAGGGCACCACCAUCCCGCUCUCCAUCUUCAUCCUCCUGCCGCAGUUCGUGCUGAUGGGCGUCGCCGACGCGUUCCUGGAGGUGGCCAAGAUCGAGUUCUUCUACGACCAGGCGCCGGAGGGGAUGAAGAGCCUCGGCACCUCGUACGCCAUGACCAGCCUCGGCGUCGGCAACUUCCUCAGCAGCCUGCUGCUCUCCACCGUGUCGCACGUCACGAGCCGCCAUGGCCGCCCCGGCUGGAUCCUCAACAACCUCAACGCCUCGCGGCUCGACCACUACUUCGCCUUCUUCGCCGUGCUCAACUGCGUCAACCUCGUCUUCUUCUUCCUCGUCUGCCGCCUCUACGUGUACAACGCCGAGGUCUCCCACGUCGUCGACGUCGGCGGCGGCGGCGGCGGCGAGAAGGAGCUCAAGCCCAAGGAGGUGGCCAUGGUGGAGGCAAGUCUAUAGAUCACUGACCCGGGAUCGCCAUUACCGAUGUAUACACCAUCAAAUGAAUAUCACCUGCAGGAACACAGAAAUGCUAAC